AUGCGGCUUCUUAUUAGUCUCGGACUACUGCAAGUCGCUCUUUCUAUAGCUGCUAUUAUAAAGGAUAUCGCAAUAGAUGACAAGUCUUCAAUCAACGAAACCGAGUUCGAAGGUAUUCUGGCCACGAACGUUGAGAGCUCUAGCCGCACCAAGAGGUUUGUUAUCGCUAAUGAGAGUUGGUGUAAUGGCACGAUACAAGGCCCCGAUAUAGGAUUCUACAAACCCGAUAUGGCAGUGUGCCAUUGGGCAUUAGACUGUAGCUACAAAGUUUAUUAUAUGCUGGACGGUGCACCAUCGGUCUGGGUUCAAGCCUAUUGCAAUAUUAGCUUUUAUUGCAAACAACUAGCUCUUGUGAAAUGGGCCAUUGGUAGUCGACAAUCCGGGCAGAGUUAUACUCAGUAUUGCUCCAGUAAAAACACAUACAACACAAUCAGAACUAAGACAGCAACUUAUAAGAUAGUCAUGAACUUUUGGGGGGAAUUGGGCUUGGAGACGCAAAUCCUCUAUGGCAAGGUCUUGUUGAAUGGAAAGAAGCUAAUGGAGGGUUUCAAUACGAACCAAAUGGAGGUCACUUCUGCACUCGCCCCUAAGGGCACUGUUCAAUACUGCGAUAUAGCUGGUUCCCUUGCUUUGAUCGAAGGUUAUGCAGAGGCAGAUUUCGUAAAGUGGGGUCGAUCGAAUAGAAGGCGAGCGUCUUAGGAG